CGAAGAGAGACCUCAGUGACCAAAAAGGACAAAACAGUUCACUGCAAUACCAUCGCUGACAUCAUCUGUUAUCCAUCGCUCAGAAAUAUCGAGGAUUUCCACAAAUUUCUUGGGAUAGCAAUCGAGACAUUCCUCGUAUGUUGUGAUGACUCGGAUUCAGACGUCCGGAUGACUGCCAACGAGUGUCUGAACCGAACGAUUAAGAACUUAAUGGACACACAAUUGGGACGAAUUCAAGUGGAGUUAUACAAAGAGAUUAAGAAAAACGGUUCUUCACGUAGUCUUCGGGCGGCUUUGAGUCGAUUCGCAGAUUUGGCUCAUUUGACACGACCGGCGAAGUGUAGGCCAUAUGUCUUGAAUCUGUUUCCAUCUUUGGUUAAAAUCAGUGAACGAACUGAAGAGGAUUUAAUUCAAGACACACUUCGAGUAGCGAUGACUAAAAUAAUGCCAAUUUUGGCGCCGUUUGCCACCGAUAACGAGAUAAUCAGUCUAUUGAAUGCAUUUCUGCCAAACUUGCAGUUCGUUAUGUCUUCAGUGCGGCGAACGGCCGCCUCUUCUCUCGUCAUUGUCUGUCAAUACUCACGAAAACCACAAAUCUUUUUCUCUUGGCUUUUGACUCAUUUGUUGCAAUCAUUGAACCAAAUGAAUGCCAUUUCUGAAACCAAUGACAACUCAUUAGAGGCUCAGACUUCUGACCGAUUAUUAGUGGGAAUAUUCUUGUGCUUAAAGCAUAUGAUUCCACACUUACAUGACAUUCCAUCUCAUGUUGAAUACGAGAGUCUUAAGACAUUUGGUGUCAGUCAGAAGCAGAGGGAACUCAUUGCCAAAGAUUACGACACUAUCACUGAGAACUUGUUGCAAAUGUUUGAACUAAUUCUGCAUAAUAUUAGAUAUAAUAACAAUAACAUUGUAAUCGUAUCGGCUUUGGAAGCGCUUCAGCAGCUCAUGAAAACCCCUCCAAAACUUAUUCUUCCAUAUCUUUGUGACCCGAAAGGCAUCGAUAAGUCAAGAAUCGGGAGUUAUAUGCAGUCGACACCCGUUUCUCCGAUGCUGUCAUUACAUCGAAAUAAGGGUCGAAUGCAAAGCACUAACUCUUUGAGCUGUUCUUCCAUUAAUGUCGAGUCAUUGGGUGAGGAAGAAGUGGUCAAUAUUUGUGGCAUUACUUCACUCGAAGAUAAAAUGGAUCCUAAUAUCAGUUAUUUUGAAGACAAUCCUCAAACUCUCGUGGAAUCACAACAAUUGGAUAAAUCAUUGGAUGAUUUGAAUGGAAGUGAUAUAACAUCUGAAUAUGAAAACAACGAAUCAAUGGUCGAAACGCCUCGAGUAGAGAGCGAUAAGAACUUUGUGUUUGAAUCGGAGACUACUUCUGUGAAGCAUAGCCGACAUUCAUCGAUGAGUUUCCAAAUGACAAAAUUGACUUAUUGUGACUCCGAAGACAUGAAUGAUAUUCAGAUAUCGCCGUCAAAUACUGACGCCUCCUUUGAUGCCAUCGAUGACCAGUUAAAUAACUCUUCAGUUGCUAUAAAGCAGAGUUUGAUUGGACUUAAAAUAUGUCUCAAGAGUUGCUUAGAAUCUAAAGAUAGCAUCAAUUUAUAUGCGCUUUCAUUAAUGGAUCAGUUAAUUGGGUUGAAAGACAACCCCUAUUGGCUGAUCAAGACCGAACUCGUGGACGUCUUCUCUCAAAUCAAUUACAAGACUAUCCAUUACUUCGAAACAUCCAAAUCUGAGCUCAAAAAUGGAAUUAUUGUUAAGAAAGAAAGUCUUCAGAAAAGGAUUUUAAAUGAAGUGUUUCUCCCACUACUGGCCGACGAAGACUUUCGAAGUCUUAAGACAUUUGGUGUCAGUCAGAAGCAGAGGGAACUCAUUGCCAAAGAUUACGACACUAUCACUGAGAACUUGUUGCAAAUGUUUGAACUAAUUCUGCAUAAUAUUAGAUAUAAUAACAAUAACAUUGUAAUCGUAUCGGCUUUGGAAGCGCUUCAGCAGCUCAUGAAAACCCCUCCAAAACUUAUUCUUCCAUAUCUUUGUGACCCGAAAGGCAUCGAUAAGUCAAGAAUCGGGAGUUAUAUGCAGUCGACACCCGUUUCUCCGAUGCUGUCAUUACAUCGAAAUAAGGGUCGAAUGCAAAGCACUAACUCUUUGAGCUGUUCUUCCAUUAAUGUCGAGUCAUUGGGUGAGGAAGAAGUGGUCAAUAUUUGUGGCAUUACUUCACUCGAAGAUAAAAUGGAUCCUAAUAUCAGUUAUUUUGAAGACAAUCCUCAAACUCUCGUGGAAUCACAACAAUUGGAUAAAUCAUUGGAUGAUUUGAAUGGAAGUGAUAUAACAUCUGAAUAUGAAAACAACGAAUCAAUGGUCGAAACGCCUCGAGUAGAGAGCGAUAAGAACUUUGUGUUUGAAUCGGAGACUACUUCUGUGAAGCAUAGCCGACAUUCAUCGAUGAGUUUCCAAAUGACAAAAUUGACUUAUUGUGACUCCGAAGACAUGAAUGAUAUUCAGAUAUCGCCGUCAAAUACUGACGCCUCCUUUGAUGCCAUCGAUGACCAGUUAAAUAACUCUUCAGUUGCUAUAAAGCAGAGUUUGAUUGGACUUAAAAUAUGUCUCAAGAGUUGCUUAGAAUCUAAAGAUAGCAUCAAUUUAUAUGCGCUUUCAUUAAUGGAUCAGUUAAUUGGGUUGAAAGACAACCCCUAUUGGCUGAUCAAGACCGAACUCGUGGACGUCUUCUCUCAAAUCAAUUACAAGACUAUCCAUUACUUCGAAACAUCCAAAUCUGAGCUCAAAAAUGGAAUUAUUGUUAAGAAAGAAAGUCUUCAGAAAAGGAUUUUAAAUGAAGUGUUUCUCCCAUUACUGGCCGAUGAAGACUUUCGAGUGAGAGAGGCUUCGGCUCACUCUCUGUGCAAUUUAAUACCAGUGCUAUUCACUCCUUCGAUACUUCUGGACAACGACCCAAUAACAGCCAUUGCAUUCGAGCACACAAUCAACAAUUUAUCUCAAAAAGACCUCAUAUUUAAAGACUUUGAGUCAGAUGUUCCACCGAUUAAGGCAUUCAUUGAUCCGCUAAACUCUCAACACUUGAAAAUGGAUCCAAAGAAUCGUUUAAUCGAAGCCAACCUCUCGGAUAUUGUAAUGAAUUUAUUAAAUGCAUUGCAAUUCAAUUUGGAUGACAAACAUGCGCUCAUCGGUUAUUGCAAUGCUUUGGCUCUUCUAUCCAACAAAUAUCCGGUCACUGAAUACCCCAACUGUUGGGGAACUGAAUUGUCUGAGACGUCGACUGGAAUGCGAUUAUUGGAUAUUUGUAUUACAUUACUGUCGACCAGUACUUUGAUUGUAUUAGACCUGAGCGCUCAUCAAAGUGUCCUCACUCUAACGGCUAAUAUUUUGGAGGGUUUGGCAUAUAAUGCAAUCAAAACGAAUUUCAAAGAUAAUAUUGCCUUUGCGGGCGAACUCGAGUGGGGUCUCAUAAGCCAUGUUUGUCCUCAUUUGGCUCAACAAUCAGAAGCACUUUUUACUCAUUUGUUACGAAUUAUGAAUAUCUAUUCGUCUAUCAUUGAUGAACCGUUGACCACAACUAACAUAAUGAGCUCUUUAACCAAUUAUAACAAAAUGCCUGUCAUUCAGACGCUCUCUAAUUCUCCUUUAAGUCCAAUGAGAAAGAGAUCUUCACUGAAGACAUCGGAUUUAACCGAUAAAAUAGAUAUAAUGAAGAAAAGCGAUUCCGAUAAGUCUGAUAAGUUCACCAAAUUUGGUUCAAAUACACUGUUUGUUCGGUUGAGUGAAAUGAUCAGAGCCUCAUAUCUGAGUAAUAAAACAUCUAUGGAUUUAAGUGGGGACAAGAUGUCAGUCCUUCUCAAUAUUACACUUAAUGUUUUCGGACGUCUUCUGGAACUGUCGACCAUUAAAUAUAUCAGUAAAUAUGCCGAAGAAAUUCUGCAUUAUUUGAAAAUAGUGUUCACUCUUGAGCCGAGUCUAUCGGUUAAGAAUGUGAGACAACUUUUGAAGUGUAUAUUUGGCACUAAUUUUAUAAUUAUGUUCACAAAUAAUAAUAAGAAUGACGACAACGAAGUGCCCGAAGAAGAUGUGACGGCUAAUGAGAACUCGACUCCACAAAGAAAUCCGUUUACGAAUGGAAUUCCUAAUUACUUAGAAACUGAUGGUCUCUAUAACACAUGUCUGUCCUCUCCAUAUGCAAAAUUCACUCAAUUUUACGCCUCUAUGUCUGCGAGAAUGAACUCAAGUUUUGGAUCCACCGAUGAAAUGGAUCUCACGUUUUGUGGUUGGCUUCGCAAGAAGAUUGAGAAAAGGGUUUCUGGUAUUUUGGACAAAAACAUAUCGUCCGGCAAUUCAAGCGCUGGUCUCAACUCUAAGGCAUCGCUUACUUCUCACAUCCGACUCUUCGAACCGGUUGUUAUCAAAGCCUUAAAGCAAUACACGAUUACCAGUGAUGUUCAGCUUCAGUGCGAAGUUUUGGAUUUAUUAUCACAAUUGGUUCAGUUGAGAGUCAACUACUGUUUACUCGAUUCCGAGCAGAUAUUCAUUGGUUUUGUGUUAAAACAAUUCGAGUUUAUAGAGAGCGGACAUCUGGACCGAUACGACCAACUAAUUGGUCACAUAUUCUUCUUUUUGAUUUUAUUGUCGUACGAAAGAUAUCACUCGAAACCUAUAAUAGGAAUUCCGAAAAUCAUUCAACUGUGCGAUGGAAUCCUUGCGAGUGGACAGUACCCCCAAAAGUUUGCGUUGCCUUCACUUCAACCCAUUGUCGAGGAUUUAAUUCUUUUGCGAAACGCCAGUAAAGUUGAUUCGAGCAAAGAAUUGGAGGCUCAGAGGGAAGUGAUUGUCGCCAAUUGUCUCAAAUUAGUGCAAUUCCCAGAAAUCCUACAAAUUCUAGUGAUUGUCACGAAACAGAGUAAGAAAGACGGAGAGGAGAAAUGGAAAAAGAUUUCGCGACAAAUCACUGAUAUAUUGUUACCACAACUCGUCAAACAAAGUGUUCAAAUCGAUUCGUACGAAGCACUGGAACAGUUGCACCAAUUGUUUGAGUGCGUGUCUCCCAGUGUCUUCAGACCCGUCGACAUACUAUUAAAAGCAUUGUUCGCCGCACCGCAGCCCGACAUCAUUGAUAAUUACUAUUACUUCCAUCGAUGGACUUCUUUGAUAUUAGUUAUUCUCCGACUACUGAUAGUUCAGGUGAAAGAAGAAGUAGUGUUGGCUCGACUCCAAGACAUAAGGAGUUCUAUUGUGACGAUCGGACCUUUUGGUCUACCAGUCAUUCCCACGUCAUCUUCUGCAUCGACUAAUGCCAUACCAUUUCAUAUGACUUCGAUUUCCAAUAGAAAUGAUUCGUUGACUUUAGAGUCAGAGGAAAUGUUUGCCGAAUAUUUGUUACAAAUAAUCGAGUUAUGCAGUCAUGAGAUCUCAAUCCGAAUGAACACAAUAUACGAAGACAUCCGAAAACAUUGCCAUUUUCUGAUCCAACAGUUGGCGAACUAUAUGUUGAUCUUAACGCAUAUGUUUCAAUCCGGUUCCUUCAGACGAGUGGCCAAAGCGGCCAUGAAUUUGAUCAAGAAUUCUAAGUUCGAUGAGUGCCUCGAAACUGAUGAUACCAAUAGCUAUUUGAAUGGAUUUUCACUUCAAAAGACCAACUGUUCAUUUCUGGACAUAAUGUCCGACUGUCCCACACUUGCACUCCAGUGGUUCAACCUUUUAAUGCUUCUUAACUAUGAAGACAACAACGAAGACGGACUAUGGAAUCAACUGAUUCGACCCAAUAAUAACUCUCUGAGCGCUUCCAACUCUAAGCUCCAGACAAACAGCAAACGAAGAGGAAGUGUUAACAAAACCAAAAAUGGGAUCCUCUUCUCUCCUAGUGUUGAGAUCAUACGAAGAGGUUCUUUGAUAUUGUUUUGUGACUUUGUUUGUGAGAACAUGAAUGAUGCCGAACACAUGACAUGGCUUAUCGUCCAGAAUAUUAAUCAAAUGAUCAAAUUGUGUCACGAAUUGCCUGUCAGUGAAUUCAUUUGUGCCAUUCAUCGCAACUCUGCGUCGAGUGGUCUCUUCAUUCAAGCCAUUAAUGCCAGAUGUGAUGAAAAUCUUAGAAUCGGUAGUUUUUGUCGUCGCCUUUUGCACUGUUUAGGACGAGUACAUCCGACACAAUCGGUUUCACUCAUCACUUUUCUAAUCGAAAAGAUUAUUUCAAAUCCAAAUCUUCAAUCCAAUUGUUUACUUAUGAGUGAAACCGAAAAUCUUGUCAUAAAGCGCUUGAAUUCAAUGACCACUUCCCUCGAGUCCUAUUCUAAUCAAAGCACUAAUCAGUUAACGUCUCAGGAUUUGGAUAAACUGUUGCUCUCUUUGAAUCCAUUGAGAUAUUCAAAACUCAUCUCUUGUCUCGAAUUAUUCAGAGCUGAUUCAAAAGAGACAAAAUCUCUGCAAACGUCUCACCCGUUAAUCGAUAGCCCAUUGAUCUCUGAAAUUCCUGAUCUAAACAAAGAGUGGUUUUUGAUUAUUUUGAGCAAAUAUUGCCAAAAGCAUAGCAAAGGUCACAGAGGGGCACAUCUUCUCAACAAACUCUCGUACGACGACAUCGUAUCGAUUAUGUCGUCCAAAGAGUUUGCAUUAGAACUGUUGGGCGAUUGCAUAGCAUUUGGGGAUCAGAUCAUUGAAGAGGACGACAAGUCUAGCACCAAAAUCAUGUUUUCGGCGGUUAUGAACCGAAUCAAUCUCCUGAAGGCCUCUCUUAACGGAGUCCUACAACACGUCAGUUAUUUCAUCAAUAUCCUACCGGUGCCUCACUUUGCAUUCCUACCCCAUUCCGAGAUGAUUACUCCAAAGGAGGCCCGACAUCGCGAUAAACUUAUUGAACUCUUCAGCCAAACCAGUCUUUGGAACUAUUUGUUCAAACUUUCCAAUGGAUUCUUGGCUUUUCUGGAGCACCACUCGGAACGCAGUAUUGCCACCGAUUUGUUAGCAAAUAUCAUCAGAAUUACUGUUUUUUACGCCGAAGCACUUCAGUAUAUGACAGAAACCAUUAAAAACGUCUCAUUCACUCAUCUUAUUAUUGUCCUGAGAAUCAUGAAAUCAGCCUUUAAUUGUAACUCCAUUUUUACCUACUUAUCAACCCAUGAGAACAUCAGCUACCAGUGCUCUAUCAUAUCUGCAGUUCACUCAUUCACACAACUUUUUUUCGGUGAUUUACCCAAAUUAGAAGAACCGCAAAGUUUUGUCAAUUCAGAGAAAGAGAACCCGGAGUGGAAGCACCCGCACCGGGCGUGCAUACGAUCCGCACAAUUGGUUUGCUUUCUAGAGAACGAUAAACACCACUCAAGAUGUGUUCCACCGGUGAUGAGAAAUCUCUUGAAGAAAGUGAUUCUAUUGACAGCACGACUACCUCUAGUGAACAGCUUUAUAAUGGUUCCCAUCUCUGUCUGGAAUUUCAAGAACGACGGCGUCUGGAAUCCAACCUUUUCGGGCGAUUUCGGAACCGUUGUGCCAACCAUUCCAUCAGAAUAUCUUCAUUACAAAGAAAUUUUAAAUCAGUUCUCUUUUCGUGUGAUGAGUUUGGGCUGGAAUUCAAGGGUUCAGUUCGAAGAGAUUUGGAUGACAUUACUGGGAGUGUUGGGCGCUAACAGUGCUUAUGUAGAAUCGGCUGAAGACCAAUCUGAACGCAUUAACAUCUGCAUCACCGCCACAAAAGCCAUCACAGAAUUAUUAUUACUUUCCACUCUAUCCCCACAACCGGGAAAUCCUAUCAAAAGCCGAUUUGUUUAUCAGAAAAAUGAAAAGAUGGCUACUUUUCUGCACUCAACUCAUGGCGUGAAACUGCAAUUAGUUCGCGAACCGCUUAUAUCUGCCAUCUCUUCGCUGACCACCACUAAUGAUGAAUCCCUACACAAUGUCUAUGAUUUGGGACAGAUUUGCAUCCAAUUGCUAAGACAUUCAAUCAAGAGUUCCAAUUCAAACGAAUUAUCGCCAUCUCUGUCAUCCACCUCUUCUUCAUCAGACUAUAGCCCCUUAAGUCCAGUGAACACUUCAAAUAUAAACAAAAAUAUGUCAACCAAUUCGGAUAAACUUGAAAUUGAUUUAAAUUCUUGUUUGCAUUUCCUUCUGGACCUCUUCGGCCAGUUAUUGACAGCUCAACAGUCAAUGCAAUUGCCAUUGCUUACAGAGAUUUGCAAAUCGAUAGUCUUUUUGUCCGAUCUGUUCACUGAGAGAAUUCAAUUUGAGUGGCUUUUGGACACAUUCUUAGAACUCCAUCGAAUGGCACAGAUAUCUGAAGACGAGAUUAUGUCUCAGUAUCUAAUUGUAGGCAUUUGUAAGUCAAGUGCAGUAUUAGGUCUGGAAAACGAACAGAUUGUCGAUAAGUGCAAGAAAUGUAUUGAAGCGAGUCUUAAGAGCCAUUACUUACCCACAAGAAUAGCCACUAUUCAUGGACUCAAAUAUAUCCUUGAAUUCCGUGGCAUUGGUUCUAAUGGAAGGGAAACAGCCUUUUUGCCCAUCGCUUCCGACUAUAUUCUCAAACACCUGUCCGAUAAUACUAUGUAA